UCCAGAAGGCAGAAACAAGAAAUCCACUGACUCCAUACUCACAAAAUGGCCGUCGGAGGUUUCGCCGUUGAUGCACCUUCCAACUCUUUCGGCGGCGAGAUCACUCUCUCCGUCGUCAUCACUUGCAUCGUUGCUGCAUCCAGUGGCCUCAUAUUUGGAUAUGACAUUGGAAUUUCAGGUGGAGUGACUACGAUGGCACCGUUUCUUGAAAAGUUCUUCCCGGCAAUACAGAAGAAAUCUGCUAGCACAGAAACAAGCGUGUACUGUGUGUAUGACAGUCAAGUUUUAACGUUAUUCACGUCGUCAUUGUACUUAGCAGGAUUGGUGUCCUCUUUAGCAGCUAGUCGAGUGACGGCCAAAGUAGGUCGAAGAAACACCAUGAUCUUAGGUGGCUGCUCCUUUCUUGCCGGUGGUGCCAUUAACGGAGGUGCUGAAAAUAUUGCUAUGCUCAUCUUGGGUCGUAUUCUGCUUGGUCUCGGAGUCGGUUUCACUAACCAGGCGGCGCCGGUAUACCUAUCAGAGAUAGCUCCACCGAAAUGGCGAGGUGCGUUCAACACAGGAUUUCAAUUCUUCAUAGGUGUUGGAGUGGUUGCUGCCAACUGCAUCAACUACGCCACCUCCAAACAUCCAUGGGGGUGGCGUCUCUCUCUUGGCCUCGCCGUGGCACCGGCGGUCAUCAUGACCGUUGGUGCUUUCUUAAUUACUGACACUCCCAGUAGCUUAGUCCAGCGUGGCAAGACAGAUCAAGCCAGAAAUGCCCUGCGCAAAGUCAGAGGGCCCACUGCUGACGUGGAAGGAGAGCUGGAUGAGCUGGUCAAGUGGACUGAAAAGUCAAAGGCCCUCCAGCAGGAACCCUUCACCACCAUAUUCGAGAGGCAAUAUCGACCUCACUUGGUGAUGGCAAUCGCUAUCCCAUUUUUCCAGCAAGUCACCGGCAUUAAUAUUGUUGCCUUCUAUUCACCUAACCUCUUUCAGUCUGUGGGUUUCGGAAACGGUGCUGCUCUGCUUUCAACCAUUAUACUGGGAGUGGUUAAUAUUGCAUCUUUAUUUGUGUCCACUUUUGUGGUCGAUCGGUUUGGACGAAGAUUCUUGUUCAUCAUCGGGGGCAUUCAAAUGGUUGUUUGCCAGGUUGCGGUGACUGUGGUGCUGGCACUUGCAAGAAGCACACAGCAUAUAUCAAAGAGCAAUGCGACGUUAGUACUGGUGCUAUUGUGCUUGUAUGCUGCUGGAUUUGGGUGGUCGUGGGGGCCUCUGAGCUGGCUCAUUCCCAGUGAGAUCUUCCCACUGAAGAUCAGAACCACCGGACAGAGCAUAAGCAUUGCCGUCAACUUCUUGACCACGUUCGUCUUGUCACAGACAUUCUUGAGCAUGUUGUGUCGAUUUAAAUAUGGUGCUUUCUUGUUCUUUGCGGCUUGGAUUGCUCUGAUGACCGUCUUUAUUGUGCUUUGUUUGCCGGAGACCAAAGGAAUUCCUCUCGAAUCCAUGCAUGCAAUCUGGAGGAAACACUGGCUCUGGCAUCGCUUUGUUGCUAAACGUGAUGACCAGAAUAAUCUUUCACAGACCUGAACUUUUAAUUACUAUACUUUGAGACUAAUAAUAUCGAAGAUUUUACUCUUCCGAUGCUAUAGCAGUUACGAGUUGUGUAUACAUUAUAUAAAUUUUAUCUUUGUUCACUGUUUGUAAGUGUCUUUUUAUUAAAAGCAAUCUUAUUUAAGGUAUUUGAGGCCGGUUGUGUGAAAACCGCAACACAUCCUUUUUU